GUGAAAGUAGGAGGGGACGCGCCCAGAGAAAGAGAUGAGAAUGGAACGAGGGGAGGACGCACCGGCUGCACAGAAGGCUACUUCGUACGCGUGGGAUUGCUCGCAACAGCCGCUUCCCCCCAGCAGCCGAGGCAAAUGGGUUCGGCUGAAUGUCGGGGGCACCGUUUUCUUAACCACCAAGCAGACCUUGUGCCGCGAGCAGAAAUCCUUCCUCUGCCGCCUUUGCCAGGGAGAGGAGCUGCAGUCGGAUCGGGAUGAGACCGGCGCGUAUCUCAUAGAUCGAGAUCCAACUUACUUUGGACCUAUUCUGAAUUUCCUCCGGCAUGGGAAACUGGUACUGGAUAAAGACAUGGCUGAGGAAGGAGUUCUGGAAGAAGCAGAAUUCUACAACAUUGGGUCUCUAAUCAGACUAAUAAAAGACAGACUGGAGGAAAAGGAUUACACCAUAACCCAGGUGCCACCAAAACAUGUCUACAGAGUACUGCAAUGUCAGGAGGAAGAGCUCACACAAAUGGUUUCUACAAUGUCAGAUGGGUGGCGCUUUGAACAGUUGGUAAAUAUUGGGUCAUCCUAUAACUAUGGGAAUGAGGAUCAAUCAGAAUUCCUGUGUGUUGUCUCAAAGGAACUGUGCAGCUCACCCAGUGGCCUCUGUUCUGAGUCCAGCCGGAAACUUAAGGUGCCGCCUGCUGUAACACAGAAUCCUGAGGAAGACCCAGAACAAGAACAGCAGAAUGAUGAGCCGCUGCAGCUGCAAGACAUUGAGGGGCAGGAGGAGGCACCAGUGCAAGCCGAUGGUGGAGGAGCUUCAAAAGAGGAUGCAUGGAAUGCCAGUGUGGGCAUCAAGCAAUAUACAGAAGCUUAAGGCUGGUGAGAGGUGGGGGAAAACUGUGCAUUUGGCAGCUGUUGCACUUUGGUCUAAACUUUUUAUUUUAAUACUAAAUUUGUAGCAAGCUCCAUCAACCCAAGAUUCCACUGAUUCUUUUUCUUCUUGUGACCUUUUAGAGGCCUUUUACUUUCUGCUCUUUCAAUUUUGCACUCCUCCUUUGCUUGUUAAUUUUUUUUCUUUGAUCCUUCUUCCAAUCCUGUCUUUUUCUCCAUGAGCCAAGAAUCCUGCAUUGUAGACUAGUUUAGACUUUUCCCGUUGGACCUCUCUUUCCCAUUCUGUUUUGGUAAAGACAACACAUCAUCGUCACACCUUUUAUCCGUUAUUUACCCAGCAUCUUCCUUUUUCUUGAAUUUUUUUCCCCCCUGACAUGUAGGUAUCCGGACUGAGACCAUUCUGAAUUUGUCUUCCAGCAUAAGUCUCAUGAUUCUUAGAAAUGGAGUAUCACAGUAGAAGAUUAAAGGCAGGAGAAGAGGGGCUGCUAAAUGACUUCUCAACAUACAAAGCAGCCUUUAAAAAAAAUGAAAUGGAGAGUGAGCUUUCUGACUUGGCUGUAUCUUUUCUUAUGGGUAGUACUUUUCCAGGGUCUCAUACAAAAGUCUUUUCUACCUCUGUUCUUUGAGAUAUCAUUAACUGGAGAAGCCAGAGAUCAAGUUUGGUUCUUCUGCAUGCCAAUUGUUUGCUACACUUUUGGCAGCCACGCAUCCUCCCAUCACCAACAAUAUGUUGUGAUCUAAAAGAAAAACCAAAGUUUCGUAUUGCAAAAAAAAAAUAAAAAUCUGUCUUUGCUGAGGGUAAAUUUUGCCAUCUGCAUUUUCUUACUAUCUUUGUUACUCAACUGUAUCAAGGCAUCUCCUGUUUUUUUGCCAGUCUUCCUCUUACCUGGAAACCAGAAUGUUCUGUAAUGUGAUAUCUCUUUCCUGGACAGGGGAGUGUUUUGAUAUUGCUUCUGCUGGGAAGACUGUCUCAUUUCCUGCUUGAGUCCUGCCUGCCUCAGAGAGUACAUUGCCUGUUAGCUCUGUUAUGCACUCCCUCUACACUGGCUGUUUUUCAUCUCCAGGUUUUUUCCCCCCUUUGUCCAUUUCCUUCUCUUUGCUCCUAUAAACUCAACAGACCUUCUGCCAUGGACAUCAAUAGCAGUAUAUUGUUUGUGGAAGUAUCUCCCUAAUGGCUGAGGUCAAACGAGGGCUGGCCUUUCAGUGGCACGCCAAUGCAUCGUCUUGUUUUCUCUCCCAAGAUGGCUCCUGAGUCAGUAAUCACAAACUAUGCAGUCCUAUAUUUGCUUGGACCCCAUACCUUAAACACAUGCCUUAGGGCAAAAAGAGUGAGAUACUGCAGGUUUCUGACUGGAUCCAAACAUGGAAGUUGGCAAAAGGUAUAGCUCCCCUUUUCUUCCCCUUGUAGAUCUCAACAGGGACAAAAGCCAGACAAUUAAAUGAAAAAGGGGUGCCCAGUUCCCAUCCCCCACUGUAUAAUGUACUCCGGUGUCUCCCCUCAGGACUGGAUAGAUGGGGAAAGGGAUGAGUUGUCUCUGGAUGAGGAAGAACAACAGUCAUUCCCCAAAUCCAUCAGGUGCUUCCAAAAAAAAUCAGAUUUUCCUGAGUAUUUCAGGAAAGGCUGCAAAUCUCUUAGGCCAGGAAGCCAGAAUCUGUCACUCCCUCAUAUUCCAAGACAUUCAAUCAUGUUCUUGAAUUAGAACAGGAUUGUGAGAGAUGGCUACUCCAUGCUCUUGAAACCCCAUAUUUCCCCUCAGACUAAAAUGUCUCAUACCUCUACUGUGAAAGUCCCUGUGGCAGAAAUUGCUUUUCAUUUCACAAAGAUGUAAAAGAUGCACCCACAAAUCCCCAGGAAAGACAGGAAAAUGGAGAUCCCCCAACACAAAGCAAAUUUGUUCCCAGCUAUAAGAACUACCCUCUUCGUGAGGGGAGAGACAGAAUUUACUUCUUCUCUUCUUAGGAUAUUUAUGGGUACAAUCACUCCCAUAAGUCAACAGUAUGCAAUACAACAAAUAUGUAAGUUUAUUUAAUAAAAGCUUGAAUAUAGUUGUUCAUUUAGUAUAUUUCUCAAUUCUAACACAGCUAAAUAGAGGUACAGAUUGCUGAUCAAUCUAAUUUCCCCAAAUAAUGGAAGCAGAGAUGUUAUCUAAAUAAAUUAUCAAUUACUAAAGUUGUUCUGAAGGUCCUUGACUGGAUUUUUUAGAGUGGAAAAGACAGUGGGAGAAGUAGAGGUAAAAGUAUCAAACAAAAUAUAAUAAAUAAGCUCUUAAACUCUACCUACACUCUUUGCAUUAACUCUUAACUCAGAGUUCUUCUUCAUCUCCUGUUUCAUAGCAUUUAUAGUAUUAGUGUUGUGUCUUGCCCACUCUCACAGCAGCCGGGGCCUUCUUAUCUGCUCCCGACCAUCAGCGGAGGAGUGGGACACGACAAUUAGACCUUGAUCAGCUACUCCUCAUCAAUCCUAUUAUAAAUAUUGUUACAAUUUCCAAAUUGUAGAAAAAUAUUUGAGCAUUUCUUAAUUGUGGAAGAUAUUCUUUUUUAUUUUUUAUCCUGGCUUUUAUAAUUAUUAUAAAUAACUCAAAGCAACAAAUAUAUCUAAUACUCCUUCCUCAUUGUUGUUUCCCAACAAUAAUUUUGAGCUGAGAGAGAGUGACUGGCCCAAAAUCACCCAGUCAGCUUUAUGUCUAAGGUAGAACUAGAAUUUACAGUUUCCUGGCUUCUAGCCUGGGUGCCUUAGCCACUAGACCAAACUGGCUCUCUUGUACUUUACAAGUGGUACUUCUUGGUACUUUUAAUCUUUUCAUCAUUCUUUCUAAUACAUUGCUUUAGUGUAUUCAGUCACGUUAUUGAAAUUCCAUGCACCUAGGUUUUGGUUAUGGAUGGAGGGAUGCGGUGGCUCAGGGGCUAGGAUAUUGAGCUUGUCGAUCAAAAGAUCGGCAGCUCAGUGGUUUGAAUCCCUAGUGCUGCCGUGUAACGGGGUGAGCUCCCGUUAUUUGUCCCAGCUUCUGCCAACCUAGCAGUUUCAAAAGCACAUAAAAAUGCAAGUAGAAAAAAUAGGGACCACCUUUGGUGGGAAGGUAACAGCGUUCCGUGCACCUUUGGUGUUGAGUCAUGCCGGCCACAUGACCACGGAGACGACUUUGGACAGCGGUGGCUCUUCGGCUUUGAAACGGAGAUGAGCACCACCCCCUAGAGUCGGCAAUGACUAGCACGUAUGUGUGAGGGGAAGCUUUACCUUUACCUUAGGUUUUGGAUGGAUACUGUAUAUUUAUUAAACUAAAUAUUUAUCCUAUAGUUUAUUAAGCUUAUUAUCAUUAUAAUUAUUGGAAGAGGUGGUUUGCUGGUCAUACAUUCUUCAAAAUGUAUACAUUCAACUGAAAUAUCAAUUGUCUAUGGAUCAGCUGCUCAAAUCACUUUUUCAGUAUACUUUUGCUACCUCAUCAUGGCCAAGGCUUCUACUCUAUGAUUCAAAGAGAAAACUGGAUCCAAAUUAUGUCAAGAAAUCCGACUGGGUUCAUCACACAAGUUAUGAACAACUAGCUAAGGCUGCUGCUGCUUUCAUGAUAGAUUCUUAGCCAGAGGUAGGGCAGUUAGUAUUGCCUCAAGGAAGUAAAGGUGACUGACAAAUAGGAAGGUAACUCUAAAUUCAAAUUGGGCCGAAUAUUGGGUGUGUAUAUAUUGUAAUUUUGGUCAAUUGGAGGUAAGGACACACCCUAGCAAGAAAAGUUCUUCAUCAUCACUCUGUACCUGGACCCUUUGCUUUAUGGCCACUUUUUACUAGAACCAAAUUGUAAUCCUUUUCUUCUGUCUCAAUUCUAGGGUUUAGUUAAAAAGGAUUGUAGCAUACUACACAUUGGAUGACCAGUCAAGAUCUACCUGAGCAGAAUAGAGGAAUUCAAACUCUUUAUUUUUCUUGGGAUGAUUUCUCAGAACUAUAAAGCCACAUUAUCCAUACUCACCAGGUGGAUCAAAGCUUGCAUCAGACAUUCCCAUGAGACCUAGAACAAGGCUGCCUCAUACGGAACUCUAGCCCACUUAUCUAGAAGAGUGGCCCCUUUGAGGCUGCCCUCAAUUCUAGUGUGCACUUGAGAGACAUCUGGGGGUUUCCACAUAGAACUCUGUGUCUUUCUUUAUAAAACAGUGUGAACCUCACUUGCGCCUCUUGGCCAAAAGCAUUUUUAAAAUUACAGAAGAUAACUGAUAACAAUAACUAGGAUUCCAUCUUCAGAGGCAGCCAUGUUACAUUUCACUGUAGGAAAACUAUAAUGAACUUACUGUGAAAGUUUUUCUUUUUACAAAGGGGACAGAACAUUCAACCCAUCCUUAUACAUUAAAAAAGAGAAAAUAUUUGCCUGCAAAGAUCUAUAGUCUAAUGUAUAUACUGUUCAUGCACUUCUUAGGGUUUCUUUUCUUCCUUUGUGAUCUGAAAUAUCAGUCCAAAACUGGGAAGGAGGUAUAGUCUCACAGAAGGCAAUGUAAGUUAUUUUAUAGCUUUGCCCAUGGAAUGAAGGGGAAGGAAAAACAUCCCUUUAGAAUGUCAUGUCUUUGCUGUAAAAAAACAACACCCCUUCAUUAUAAAUCUAAUUUCCUGUUCCUAUUCUCCCACUCAAAAACCUUGAAGACUACAAAGUUGAAUUUGAUAUUCCCAAGAAAACCAGGUUUUGGAUUAGAUUACCAGCAAUCCAGUACUGAUUUAGGUACUCUUAAAACGGUUGAUUUAAUCUGUAAUCAGAAUAGAGAAUGCGGUCAUCAGUUUUACCAUUUAAGGUUUUCUAAUACUGUCUGGCUCUUUCUAUAGCAGGGCUGUCAAAGUCAUGGGCCGCAUGUGUCACACACAGGCCAAGUCCACGCCCAGUUUAGCAAAGGGGAAACCAGUCCCAAUACAUCCCAUGACACCGCCGUGACGCCACGAGUUCGACACCCCGUUCUAUAGGAAGAAUACUAUUGUUAGUCUUUUGUAUAGGGGUACCCAUAUUUACCCUCUUCUCAGUGUAUAAAUUCUUUUGCUGUUGAGCAACAUUGGCCUUUCCCAAGGAUUAUGGGCUUGACACGUAGAUGAGCUUUGUCUUUUGUUGUAAAGGAAGGAUCAAGACAUCUCUAAGGCUCAACUCGCAAAGCACUCCUUUCUGUGAUCAUCUGCAACGGAGGUUCUAGCAGAAAAGAUUUCUUAAUCUUUUGUCUCUGCAGGAAUGUCUUGGCUCUCUGCUGUGGCCUGAAGGUCAGGUAGUCUUUGAGACCACUGGUGCUGUGUAUUCACCUGAUUCCCCCCUUCCCUCCAGCUGCUCUUCUAGCUAUUACUUUUAGCUUUUCUCUUGCAUCCUGUUCAUUUGUUUUGUCCUCACUUCUCCUGUUUCCUGCCCUUGUUCCUCCUUGCCGUUUUUUUUAAAAAGCUGUUACAAACCAGAUGUCUCAGGAUAUGAUGCUAAUGAUGAUCAAUGUCUCUCUUUUUAAAGUUAACUUUUAAAUCUUUAUUUUUGUACUGUUAUUUAAAACCAAACAAACAAUGGGGUGGGUUGUUAGAAUAAGAUGAAAUAUUGCAUUUUCCAGUUUCUAAGCAGCACCCUCUAAUUGCUGUAUGUUCUGCUAUUUGGCAAAAUACUGGAUUAUUUUUCUUACCCUUGUGUUAUUGUUGGGAGACGUGGCAUGCACUUUCAGGAACUAAUUUCUUCAUGGCCCCAAAAUGGACUUUCCAUGCUGUCACAGCUUCCCCUGCUGGGGAGAACAAAGUAAAACAGACAGAACUUUCUUCUAGCCUUGCAAGUUUCAGGCUUGCUCAGUGUGGGAAUAGAGGAGGUUCUGGAAAGGACCUCAGGAGCUUUGAACAAUGAACGUGCUGCAUCCUGCUGCAAUGAAUGUCCUGCAAUCCCUGUUGCUGUUUGUGGACAACCAUCUCUAUUAAAUGAGCUCUAACAUUUUGGCAUGCAGGGAUACCCUUGCAGUGUGAAAGAGAGGAAGCAUGAGGAGAUGCAGUACCUCCAUCUUUUGCUCUUUGCAUUGCAUAUCGUGUUUUUCGAGAGUUCCAUUUUUAGCUGCAAAGGGCAGCGUAAGAAGUUAUGUAAGAAAAUACACCCCUUUUUGUAGAAAGAAACCAGCUGGGGUGUUUUCUCCUUCGGUAGAUAUGCUUCUAGUUGAAGAGCUUGGCUCGUGUUCAAAUAACAAUUCUUCCUUGGGAGCAGAUCCAAUAAUAAACCUUAUGCCUUUAGACUGAGAAGGAGAGUGUUGUCCUUCUUGAACAAGAUUUUAUUAUUCCUGAAAGUACAUCACUAAGCAGUGCCUGAGGGGAAAGUCAAGAGAGGAGGCAGAGGGUUGGGCGGUGUAUGUGUGUGUGCGUGCAGUCUUUCGAUGCAAGCCCCAUCACUUUUGUACACAUGUUAUGACAUCAUCAUAUGUAGCAAAGGCUUUGCAAUGCAAUUUGACUCCCCCCCCCAUCGGAUGAAAACAAACUAUGGUUUGUUGCUGCUGAAACAUGCCCCAUGAAGAUCUAAAGGCAAGCAAACUGCAACAUGACAAAUAUUUCAUUUUCCUUCCAAAUCUCCUGUUGCCGGAGCAAUUUUUUCAACUGCCGGUUUCUCAGCCCUGUAUUAAUUUGUUAGCUUUUCCAGAUUUGCCAUCUGGUAAGCAGAGCAAGGGAGUGGGUGGCAGGAACUCCAAGAGAACAGCCUAGAGAAGAGGGGCUGGCGUUGUUUUCUUUAUACGUGUACCAUUCCAUGGAAGAUCUGCCCAAAAGAAAGCAUGUCGAUGCGGGCAGCUUUAAAGAUAUACAAAUGUCCUCUAGCAUGCAACUAUUCAGACUACUAGGGAGAAGAAUAUGGAUUUGACUCAGCAAUAACAUUGGUUUGAUUUUUACCUGAUCGAUCAAUUUCACUUCUGUUUAUCUUGCAGUUGCCUUUUUUUUAAAAAAAUGUCCUAAUAGAAUAGACAUUAUGAGCAAAAAUAUAUAGUAGGGAAUGUGUUCUCUAAUCCUUCCCCUUCCAACCUAUUGUAUGAUUCUGUUAAAUUUCUACGAGAUUGGGGCUGGUCCACAAAUGGUUCCCAGAUGCACAACUCUGCAAUUAGCCAAAUACUUUUCUUACUCACAUUUUCUCCAUCCCAAAAGGUCAGGCUGAAGGGGAGCACAUAAAUUCUUCCCUAUAGCUUUUCUUUCUCAUGAUACUUGAGGAAGGUUAGUAACAAUACUCUGAUGGAUGAGCAUCUGCCCUUUGAUGCACUUGAAUGCAUGUGUUUCUGCAUGCACACACAGCCACCUAAGUAUGUGUUUUAUUUCAGUGCUCCAGGAAAUAUCAUAGCCAUUUUUGUAAAUCAACAGGACAAAUAUUACUUCUAAUAUAAAGCCACGCGUUUACUACAAAGAUAUCCAUAAUUCUGUUAAUUGAGACAGCAAUUUUUAAAUUUUGUCCAAGGAUGCUGUGUAAAAACUCUUGAAUAAAUUUCACUAUCUCAUUA